ACCCACUAUACGCAGAUAGCAAUUGGCAUCGUCCCAUUUCCUUUCCCCUCCACACCACAAGAAAGGAACAGGACAGAGUGUUUAUUUAGUCUCCCUUUUACCUGAAAAAGUCUAUUUAUUUAGCACACCGCACACACACCACUUACCUCAGAUUUUCUUUCAGAAGAAGAACGUAAGCUAUUUACAAACUGACAUCUAUUUAAUAUUUAACUUUAGAUUACUAUAGAUUAUUUAAAAAAUAAAUUUAAAUCACCAGCACAAGAGAUUAUUUAAAAAGAAAUUUAAGUCACCUGCACAAGAGAUUAUUUAAAAAGAAGAAAAUAAAAGUCCAAAUAACUGCAGAAAUGGAAUCUACAACACUAGCUGCUCUGGCAACCACGGCAACCUUUACAAUUGCCACGGCGACAGACAUGUCCGGCUACAUGUGGCUGCUGAUUCUUGGCUUCGUCAUUGCCUUCAUCCUGGCAUUCUCGGUGGGUGCCAACGACGUGGCCAACUCCUUCGGCACCGCAGUGGGGUCAGGGGUGGUGACCCUUCGGCAGGCCUGUGUGCUGGCCACUAUAUUUGAGACGGUGGGCUCCAUACUCCUUGGGGCAAAGGUCAGCGAGACUAUCCGCAGCGGCAUCAUCGACCCGCGUAUGUACAAUGGCUCAGAGGCCACGCUCAUGGCUGGGUCUAUCAGCGCCAUGUUCGGCUCUGCUGUGUGGCAGCUGGUGGCUUCCUUCCUGAAGCUGCCCAUCUCUGGAACGCAUUGCAUUGUGGGAGCGACCAUCGGCUUCUCCAUGGUGGCCAAGGGUCCCAUGGGUGUAAAGUGGCUGGAGCUGCUCCGCAUUGUUGCCUCCUGGUUUCUGUCCCCCCUGCUGUCUGGCAUCAUGUCUGCUGUGCUCUUCUACUUUGUGCGCAAGUUCAUCUUGAAUAAGGAGGAUCCCGUCCCCAACGGCUUGCGAGCUCUUCCUGUCUUCUAUGGCAUCACCAUGGGAAUCAACCUCUUCUCCAUCAUGUUUACUGGAGCCCCAAUGCUGGGCUUUGACCGAGUGCCCUGGUGGGGGACGAUACUCAUCUCUCUGGGUUUUGCGGUGAUCACCGUUAUCUUCGUCUGGGUGGUGGUGUGCCCGCGCCUCAAGAGGAAGAUCAAACGCGAAAUGGGCGUGAACCCGUGCGAGACCGCUCUGAUGGACACCCCCCCCAAACCCAGCGCAGACAGUGAGCCUGCGACCAUCACGAGUCCUCAGGAGUACACCCCUGUCCCCCAGACCCCCCCCGCCGAGAACGGCAGGGUGGCCUUCAACAUCGGGGGCUCUGACGACGCCGAUCUGGACAGUAAAGAGUUUGACACCAAAGACCUGGAAACCAACGCUCUGAACGGUCACAACGGCGGCCCCAUGCCGGUCCCCGAGCUGACCACCGGUCAGCACCACACAGUUCAUAAGGACUCUGGCCUCUACAAGGACCUGCUGCACAAGCUGCACAUCGCCAAGGUGGGUGACUGCAUGUGGGAGACCACCGACAAACCCAUCCGCCGUAACAACAGCUACACCUCCUACACCAUGGCCAUCUACGGCAUCCACGGAGGCUCAAAAGACGCCGACGGCCGCUCGGACGACGGCAGCAGCAGCGGGAGACGCGUCCGCAUGGACAGCUACAACAGCUACUGCACGGCGGUGGCAGACGGAGGGACAGAGGGAGACGCAGAGGGGGCGGGGCCUGUGGCGGUGGAGGUGUUGGACGAGGCUAGCAGGGAGGGCCCGCUGGAGGAGGAGGAAGUGGACGAGCUGGAGCUGGAUCGGCCGGAGGUGUUCCACCUCUUCCAGUUCCUGCAGAUCCUCACCGCCUGCUUUGGCUCUUUUGCCCAUGGAGGAAAUGAUGUUAGUAAUGCGAUCGGCCCCCUGGUGGCGCUGUGGCUGGUGUAUGACAGCGGCUCGGUGGUGUCCAAAGCCCCCACUCCCAUCUGGCUGCUCCUCUAUGGGGGAGUGGGCAUCUGCGUCGGACUCUGGAUCUGGGGCCGCAGAGUCAUCCAGACUAUGGGCAAAGACCUCACCCCCAUCACCCCCUCCAGCGGCUUCAGCAUCGAGCUUUCCUCAGCCAUGACUGUCGUCGUAGCGUCCAACAUCGGACUUCCUGUCAGCACCACCCACUGCAAGGUGGGCUCCGUCGUAGCAGUUGGCUGGUUGCGUUCUCGUAAGGCUGUCGACUGGCGUCUGUUCCGGAACAUCUUCAUCGCCUGGUUUGUGACGGUGCCCAUAUCUGGACUCAUCAGUGCAGCUAUAAUGGCACUGUUCACCUACGUCAUCAUCUGAGGCUCCCAUAAUGCAACAGCACCAGUAUACAGUACACCUGCCUAUGGACCUGCUCACCCACGUCAUCAUCUGAAGCACCCAUAAUGCAACAGCACCCACACAGAGAUGCCUAUGGACCUGCUCACCCACGUCAUCAUCUGAAGUUCCCGCCAGAGGUGGAACUCUGCACCUAAACAGUGCUGCUAUCAUGGCUCUGCAACAGAAACCAAAUGGUGCGGCCAUCUUAACUGUUACUCUGAAUCUCCAAUGAUGCUUCAGGACCAAACCCACAGCUCUAUGAUGCUGCAUUCACACAUAGUCAUUCCUUGGCCCUUAUUGGUCCAAUAUCAGUGUACGUGUUUCACAUAGUCAUUCCCUGGCCCUCAUUGGUCCAAUAUCAGUGUACGUGUUUCACAUAGUCAUUCCCUGGCCCUCAUUGGUCCAAUAUCAGUGUACGUGUUUCACAUAGUCAUUCCUUGGCCCUUAUUGGUCCAUUAUCAGUGUAUGUGUUUCACAUAGUCAUUCUCUGGCCCUCAUUGGUUCAUUAUCAGUGUACGUGUUUCACAUAGUCAUUCCUUGGCCCUCACUGGUCCAUUAUCAGUGUAUGUGUUUUACAUAGUCAUUCUCUGGCCCUCAUUGUUCCAUUAUCAGUGUAUGUGUUUCUAUGUUUCAAACAUAGGUGUCCUGUCCAUCUGCAUACGUUUGGUAUCUGCACUGUAAAUAGACAAGUGAGCAGCAGACACCAUAUGAGUCUCUCUAUGUUAAAGGGAUAUUCCACCAUUUGGGGAAAUGCACUCAUUUUCCACCUCCCCUCGAGUUAAACAAUUG